AUGGCGGACGAUUCUUCCGACCUUUCAUCUUUGUCUUCGCUGUCUCCAGCCCCUUCUGACAUGGAGUCCGACAACCCUCCCUCGCCGCCCAAGAAAGGCAUUCAGAAGUUCUUCCCGAAGGCUGCGAAGGGCAAAAAAGCGACGACAAAGAAGGAAGCAUCGCCACCUCCCCGUAAACGAUCGCCAUCACCUCCGCAUGAAUUCGUCCUGGCCGACAACCCUGAUAUUGCUUUCAUUGUCAUGUUCCGAAGCCGAUUCAACGAAGCCAUGCCCAAGUCGCUUGCCAACUUUGGCCCCCAAGAACUCGAGACUGACAUCAGCGACAGCCCGCCUGGCCAGCGGGUUGAAAACUUCCUGUGCGCCGUGCUGGGACUGCUACUCAACCGCAAGCAGGAUGUCAAGCCCGGCCACUACAUGCGCGCGUUGGAGGAUGCUAUCAGUAGCCACAAGAACCAGUGGCCUCGAGCAUGGGAAGGCAAGAGCCCGUUGUCUGGCGGCGUCACCUUCAACGACAUGAACAAUGUGCAGAGGCUCAAGAUACUUCGCGCUCUGAUCCUCUGGUCUCUCUCCGCCUCCGACGCUGUCAAGGCCAUCAUAACCAAGUCUUACAAACAGAAUCGUCACGAAGACGACAUGAACCAGCCACUCUCCGUCCAGCCAUGGGGCUCUGAUAGUGACAAGAGACGCUACUUUCUGGUCGAGGGCCUGGAUGACACGGCCUUCCGAGUCUAUCGCGAGGGCAACCCUGCAAGCUUCAACCGGGUUUGGAUCUCUGUUGCCGGGUCAAUCGAAGAGCUGAGCGCACUGGCCGAGAAGCUACAGACGAAGGAUGGUGGCCCAAAAGCCAAGAAGCUUGCGCAACAGAUGCUUGCGGCCGUUCCCAGGUUCGAGGCUACAGAAGAGAAACGCCGUAGACGCGAAUACCGCCAGGCGCAGAGGAAUCGUUUCAAGCGGCCUUCACCUGGCUUCUCUCUGUACGAGGGGCGCACACGUGGCAAGCGCGUCAAGUACACUUACUCGGACGAGGAGGAUGGCUCUUUCACCGACUCUACGCGCCGAUCGACUCGUAACACCGGCACACACACGCCUACCGAGCUAGCGGGUCCCCUGACGACUGCGAGCGGCCGCCAAGUACGGGCGCCGAAUCGUCUGGAGGCUGAGGGCACUAGCAGUGCCGCGCCUAGUGUGCAAGGAGACGAUCCGGAAGACGGCGGCGUCAACGCCAAUGGCAGACCCCGGCGAUCGGCGGCAGUCAACUAUGCUGGUAAUGGCAGGGCCCGGGGCAGCAGGUCCCGAGGCUACUCAGCCGACGAGACGGAUGAUGAGGGGGAUCUCGUCGAGCCUGACCUUGGCGACGACGAGGAAGAGGCAGAUGACCAUCAGCCAGAGGAAAGCGAAGAGGACGACGAUGACCAUGUCGACGAGGACGAGGCCAUGGUGGAAGAUGAUCUCGAAGACCGGCCGCGACAGGAGCUAAUAGUGGAGCUCAAGGUCAAGCGACCAAACCCUAAAGAUGGCGCAACGGCGACAAAUCUGACGCCUUCUCCCGAAGGCAAGGAAGAAGUUCGACAUGAGAAGCCCGAUGACCAGAAGGUCCCGACCCCGAAGAGCCUGCAGACGGAACGCACACCGGAACCUGAGAUUGUGGCUCUGCCAGGUCCCACAUCCCUGGCUUUUAGGGGAAGCCCGGAGAAGAGCCUGUGA